AUGUUCGAUUUCUUCAUCCUCACCAAACCCCGAGGCCAAAGCAAAACACACCUAAAAGUAUGGGAACGACAUCUUUUCGCUCAAAUGCGUCGUAAUACCAAAAAUCCAUAUCUACAUCCAUAUGCACUCCCUCUUCUAGACGAUUACGUGAGUUGUAAUUCUGGGGGAGCUUAUAAUUACAUGGAUUCGGAAGAUGCUAAGAAAUUACAAGAGGCGGCUGAUGAGAUAAUUAUGCAAGAUGGGGAGGAUUUCGUGUUGGAUUUAAGUGGUGAGGAAUGUGCGGAUAGAAGAUUAAUGUUUGGGAAGGCGAAAGACCUUUUUAUGGAGGUGGAGAAUAUACAGGAGGUCAGCAAAACGGAAAAGAUUGAUUAUGUUCCGCGAAGGGGUAUGGUUUCUUUGGUGUUUAUGUAUUCAUUGUCAACUCUUAUGAUAUGGAUGACUGGACAGCGUUUAUACCAAAUUGUAUUUCUCCAUGGUAUGGCAACUGCUUUGACGACUGCUUUAUCGGGGUUGUCCGAGAAGCGUUCAUGGUUCUAA